AUGAACGAAGUUCCUACCACUCCAGUUAGGCUUAUUUUAGGGCAAGCUCAGCAACGCGAGCAGAAUUCAGAAAACUGUUCGCAAGAACGUAACCCACGCACGUUUAAUUCCGAACCGGAUUCCAGCUUUAACUCUCCUGGUUCCUCCCAGUUCGUGAUACAUCCUCAUGAACCGCUCGAGAAGGAGAAAGAUGAGAAGCAGGAUUUAGACCGCUCGAUUGAUUACGGUAGGUCAUCAGCUCUUAACAACAAGAAUAAUGCCAAUCCAUUAGAGAAUAUAGACAUAAAUAAAAUGUUUGAUGACAAAAAAUCAGAUUCAGGUACCAAUGAUGAUAAAGGAGGCGCAAGUACUAGUGAUAAGCAUGUCCUUGCAUUGAAUUAUUCACCGAUCAGAGUUGAAAUGAACUCCUCAGAGAAACGAAGCGACAAAAACGUGGACGUAGAUGAAAAUGAUAAAGAAGGUAGCCAUAUUAAUAAAAAAUUGAAAUUGCAGUUAGAAUCAGUACCUGAUUUGAAACAAAGCUCUACUAAAGAUAUCAUUAAUGACAAAGAAGAAAUUAUGUCGUCUCCAAUGGCGAUUGAUAUGAUUGAGACCAACAUAAGCCCAAAUAAAUUCAUAAUAAACGACGGAGUUGAAAGAAACGAUAGUUUCAAUAUCAAUACCGACACACUUAAAUUAGAAAAUGAUAUAAAUGAGAAACAACAAGAGGAAGACUUCAUAAAAUCUAACAGUAACAAUGUGGUUAAUAUUGACAAUGCUUAUAAGGAAAAGGAGGACGAAGAAAAUGAUAUAACAAAUUCUCAUAUAAACAGGCUUACUCCUUUGUAUGAGACUUCUGCAAGGGAGUCGAACUCAAAUGAAGAGGGGAGGAAUGACUACGAUGAUGACAACCAACUUGAUAUUAGACAUGACAAUUUUCAGAUUGUAGCAAAAAGAAACGAGGAGCUCACUGAUCAGAUAUAUCACUUAAAUCAAAUGUUAAACUCUUUGAUUUCCAAAAAUGAAUCAUUGUCUUUUCAAUACGAGAAAUUGAACAAAAAUCACCAACUACUAAUAGAUUUGACAAAUGAAAAGUUAGAUAAACUAAAUACAGAAAGAGAGAGCGAUAUUGCCAAGGUGGAAAAAUUCAAAAAGAGGAUUAAGGAGUUGAAUACAGAAAUUAAGGUAUUGAAUUCCAACCAAAAAAUAUUACAAGAAAAAUUCGAUGCCUCAAUUACUGAAGUAAAUCAUAUAAAGGGCGAACAUGAAAAUACUGUCAACACUUUGCAGCAAAAUGAGAAAAUUUUAAAUGAUAAAAAUGUAGAACUGGAAAAUAUGAAAGCAGAAUUGAAAGGCAAUAAUGAUAAAUUAUCCGAAUAUGAGACCACGUUAAAUGACUUGAAUUCUCGCAUUGUGCAACUGAAUGAUAAGAUUGAAAGCACAGAUAUUGUUUUGAAAUCUAAAGAGAACGAACUAGAUAAUUUAAAAUUGAGUUUGAAGGAAACUUUAUCGAUUUCUAAGGACUUCAACGACUCUGACCUUAUAGGACAAAUUAAUGAGCUAAUAUCUACAAAAAACAACUUGCAACAAAAAAUGGAUGAUUUGAAUAACCUGAACGACGAUAAUUUGAAGGUAGUACAGGAUAAAUUAAUUAAAAAUGAGGAGACGCUAAAACUAAAAGAAGCUGAAAUUGAUUCAUUGAAUAGUGAAAUGGACGAGCUAAAAAAACAGAUCACUUCAAAAGAUGAUGAAUUUAAGAUGUGGCAAAGUAAAUACGAAACUGUCGAAGACGAAGCUAAGAUACGCAAUGCCGAAGUUACAGAGUUGAACGGAGAUAUUGAAGAUCUAAAGGAAUCAAAAUUGCAUUUGGAAGAAACAAUUACGGAACUAGAAAACAAAGUUCAUAAACUAGAAAAUGAGUGUGAACUGGAGAAACAAAAAUUCGAAAAAACUUCGCUAGAAUUAGAAAGCUUACAACUAAAAAAUAGUAACAUUCAGGCUGAGCACAUCAAAGAAUUGGAAAAUCUUCAUGAAAACCUUAUUUCUCUUCAAAAUGAAUUGAAGAUUUCAUCCGACAGGAUAACAACAUUAACAAAAGAAAAUGAAGUAUUAAUGGAACAAAAUAAUAAUAACAAUAAUAGCGUUACUUUAAGCAAUGAUCAAAAGGAUAGAGAUGAUGAAAAAAUUAAAUCAUUAGGAAAACAAGUACAAGAUUGGAAAGAAAAGUAUGAGGCCAAAGAAAAAGAUACAAAUAAAAGGCUAAAGUUAUUAGCAGAAGAUUUGUAUAUCCAGUAUUCAUCCAAACACGAACAAAAGGUCAAACUGUUGAAAAAAGGCUAUGAAAACAAGUACCAAAAUAAGUUUGAUCAAUUAAAUUUAGAAAAUAAAACUCUGUCAGAAGAAAUCGAGCAAUUGAACAAGCAGCUGUCUUCAGAAAGAGAAGAAAAGCAGGAGUUACUCAAGUUGUUAGAAAAUGAAAAAAAAUAA